AUGUCCUCCCGGGGGGACCCGGGGGGGCCGUGCAUCCCGUGGAGUGGGGCUGUGCUGGGGGGGGGGGGUGUGCCCCCCACUCGCUUUGCACCCUACAAGCGCCGGCUCUGCGCCCGAGGGAAACUGAGGCACGGAUCCCAGCCCACCCCGGGGGGCGCACAGCCCGCCCACCCCACCCCCCACCCCCCGCCUCAGGGCCUCGACAAUCCCCCCCCUGCGCCCCCUAGCCGGUGCUUGUGUGGCCCCCUCCCCGGUCCUGCAGCCUCCCCGGCGGCCGUUCCCCACGGCACCACAGCUCGCCCCUCCCGCCCGUGGGCUGCCGCCCGCCCCCGGCCCCCCCCAUCUCUGCCCCUCGGCGCGACGCCCCCCGAAUUUCCUGCCCCCUCAGCCCGCAGCAUCACCCCCUCCUCCGCCCCCCGCUCUCGCUGUGCCCUUCCAACGCAGAGCCCCCUCCCCCGGCACUGCAGCGCACCCCCAGAUCACGGCCACCCCCCACCCCCCCCCGCGCCGCAUCGCCCCUCGCCCCCGCCCGCCGCACCGCCCCACGGGCGCUGCCCGCCCCCCCGGGCCCCUCCCGCUACACCUCACCGUCCCCUUCCCCUCCGCUGCGCUGCCCCCCGCAAGGCUCAACGCUUCCCCCCCUCGCCGGUGCUCAGCACCCCCGAUGCACCCACCGGGCACCCCCAAACCCGCCGCACACCCCCUCCCCACCCCGAUGCGGUGCCCCCAGCCGCAGCGCCCCAGGCCGAUGCUCAGCGCCCCGAUGCCCACCCCCCGCCCGCUGCGGACACCCCCCCGCCCCCCCCCCGCACCUGGUACCGGUGCCGGUGGCGCCCCCCGCCCGCAGCUGACUCUGCACCGCUCCCGCCGCCGGAAGCGGAGGCCCCGAUCACGCCGCUCUCGCGAGAGCUCCCGAGGGGCCGAGCUGGAGCCCCCCGCCCUGGCCCAGUACGGUACCGGCGGUACCGAGCCCGUCCCGCUGGUCACGGGCCGGGCAGGGGCUGUCAGGGGGCGUGGGGCAACCCAGGCUCCCGAACCUCCCCGGCUGUCCCGGUCUCCGUCCGUUCAUCCCGGCUCGGUGCGGCGGGACGGGACGUCCCCCUCUGCCCGGGGCAGGUAAGGGCGGCUGCUUCCGGGGGCACCGGCAGCACCGGGGGCACCAGCAGCACCGGUCACCCCGACGGCUGCGGCAGCCUCCCCACGCUGCAGAGCUCCAGCGGACACCCCGGGACCGGGGAGAGGGUCCCGAACGUCGCCUGCGCCUCUUCCCGGGGCACCAGAGGGGAUAUGGGGGGAAGCGGCGACGCCGGGGUGGGGGGUGGGGGGUCUGACGAGGCAGCGGAAGGGGUGGGGGAGCGGGCAGUGGGUCCGAGGGGGAACGGGGACACCCGGGAGGGUCCCGGAAUGAGAACCGGGAGGGGGGUCGCGUUUGGGCUCCGCCGCUGGUGGCAUAUCCCCGGGCAGGGCCCUCCCGGCCGCACCCCGGGGCCUCCCCGCGGCCGCUGA